AGGAUCCAGCUGUGGUUUAAGUAUCCCCGACUCUGGGUCACAAUAAUGAGGCUCCCCGUGGAUUGAUUGCCUCCCGACUUCCAGGACGACCCGGGGAAGCGUAUUAUGCUCGAGACGGGCUGAGUUUUUUUCUUAUUUACCACUGACAACUCGUUUCCUUCCUGAGAUGCACUUUUCCAUCCCUUCGACCGAGGAGUGCAACGGGCAAGGUGGCACUUACACCGGCUUCCACAUCCACAUCAACGGCGAGUACCACUGCACUGUCAGGUACAAACAACUUUACAACCUCUGCGAACAGCUCAAGCGGAUCAGCGAGGAUGAAAAUUUUCCUCCUUUUCCUUCCAAAAAAUACUGGCCCCUUACACCGAACCAACUGGAGGAGAGGAGGUCGCAGCUAGAAAAAUACAUUCAAGCUGUCGGCCAGAGUUAUUCGACGCCAUGCAAGGAGCUUUUCAAUGGAUUUUUGCUCGCUGCUCAGCAGGAAUCAACAGGAGAGAGAGCUCGGGGAGUUAGUAUAGAUGUAUUUUUGCUGAAUGGUUUUAAAAUAACUGUCAAUGCCAAUUCUAAUGAUAGAUCAAACUCUGUCUUGGAGAAUGCCUGCAGCCAAAUAAAUCUACCAAGUGUCUAUGUGUAUUAUUUUUCAUUGUUUUUAAUCAAAAAGGAGGAAAAUGGCGAACUCUCAAUUAUUAGGAAACUACAAGACUUCGAGUCGCCAUAUUUGACUCAAAAAAAUAUUUCAGAAAAUUUAAAAAUUAUGAUUAGAAAAAGUUAUUGGGAUCCAGGAUACGAUUUGGAAUUGAUGCAUGACAAAUACGCUUUGAAUUUACUCUAUGUUCAAACAGUAUCAGAUAUUAAAAGGGGAUGGAUUCUGUGUAAUAAAGAGACUAGUGAACAGUUGGCCACAUUACAAUCAAGGGGGGCAAAAAGAGAGUACUUGGAACUUGCGAGGACGUUGAAAUACUACGGGUACAUACAGUUUAAAGAGUGCAUAUGCGAUUAUCCGACGCCGGAUUCAAAGGUGAUUGUCAGCGCUGGCCAGAGGGAGUUAAAUUUGCGAAUCGAGGCUGCAGGAGGUGAGAUAAAGGAGCGCGCUUUCAAAGUGACCAGGAUGAGGUGUUGGCGCAUAAUCACGCACAAUGAUAUUAUUGAAACCGACGAAGAAACAGUUUUGCAAAGGGAUCCUCAGCUGGAUUUGUCCUUCGAAUACCUGAUCGCAAAAGACAACCUGCAGUGGAUCACAAUAACGAGCGAACAGGCCAUUCUUAUGGCUGUUUGCCUUCAGUCAAUUGUCGAUGAGCUAUUAUUAAAAAAAUCAAGUGCCAAUUUCAAACAGCCAAAAGAUUAUCAUUAUGGGAGCUUCAGUUAUAUGAAAAGAGACGGAAGCAGCGAACCAACUAACCUCAGCAAAUCGAUUAGCAGUUCUUUAGAUCCAGUCACCUCACCUCAGAAUGGCACUCCCAGGUCUCCUUCAAGAACGGAACCGACUAUGUCAAUGAAGCGCCUUUCAGAGAAGUUGAGCAACCUGAAAAACAAGCAAAGGCCGCAGCCGCUCGUAGAAAACGAUGCGUUCGAAGGGAUAGGCGAUGAGGAUCUAUAAUCUGACAUAUUUCCAAAAUGAGUAAAUACUAGGGGAUUAAUCAAUAACACUGAAUUUGGAAAUAAUAUUGUUAAUUUUAAUGGUGCUAUCUAAGUGAAAGGAAGUAAUCUCGUAAAUAGUUCUAACGACUCGGCAAACUCUUUUACACCGGGGAGUUGUAAUCGUAAAUGUGCAAUGAUACAGUAAAGAUUUUUUUAAAAGAAAACGUGUUCAAUUCGAUAAUGCACAAUUGUAUACUUGAGAAGAGAUGUUUAUAUUUUAUCUAAGGGAUAAACUUGAAUUUUUAUACGUAUGGAAAUGGGUUAAAAAAAAAUCAGUUGGAGUUGUGGAUGUGUCUUGAAAAUUCCUACUUCAUGGUCUUUUUUUAAUUUUUUAACAGGGAUUUAUUUAUUAAUCGAUUCUGUGAAAAUAAUAGUUUAAAUUGUACAUGCAUCGACAAUUUAAAAUGACACUGACCAGCAUCAUCGGUUUUUCUUUGAGCACGAAUUAAAUAAAUAAUUAAUAAAAGUCAAUACUCAAUCAAUAAAAUUGAUUUUAUAAUGUAAAAAUAUAGUAAUUUCGUUUAUUUUUUUUUCACUCAUAGCUGAAAUAUUCUGUGUUGGAAGAGCCCACAUGACUGAUUGUUGAUUAAAAUCAUGCUCAUCUAUUCCAGACUGGUUUUUUAAUGUUAUUAUGCUGAUGAAUUAAAACAAUUAAUAAUUUAAUUGUCAUUACCAGACCAUUCUAUUAUUCAGUAGAGUCCUGCUAGAUUGGGAAAAAUUCAGAUUAGCUGUGGUGACGCACCUGAUAAAAUAAACUUGAAAUUUUGGAAAAAGUAGGACAAGGUGAUUGUGUAGUAAGUAAUUUUGGAUCAUUCUGAUCACCUUAUUCGCUGUUUUGGCUUGUGGGAUGCUUUGCGUCUUCUCACCAUUUUCCAUUUUUAACACCUAAAACGAGUCUAAUAGACCAAAACAUUUGGAAAAGACCAAUCUAUAAAUGAUUCUAUCAGAUCUUCUCUUUGGGCCCUGUAGUUUUGUCAUUUCAGUUUGCCUAUUCUCGCUGGUUCCGUCUGAUUUUCUAAAGAAAACCGCCAUGUGUCUGAUAGGUCAAAACAGAAACAUUACAGGCACAUCACCUCUCAGGCCUAACAAUUUUGGAUAAAAUGUACACUGAAAAAUUGACCGUAAAAUUUGGAUGGGCUUAAUACCACAAAAAUUAUUUUCCAAUGGAAAAAUCCUCUACACUAUCAGAAAUGUGAUCGGAUUAGACGGGCAUUGACCUGUCAGAUGCACCUCGGUUUCUCACAUAAUUCAGUUUGUAAUAAUAAUUUUUGUUCAAACCCACUACUGAAGAUGUCGAGAAUGUGAAAUGCAUCAGGUGGACUAAAACGGAAAAUACCAAGCUACAGGCCUAUCACCACGAAGGUCUGAUUAUUUUAAGAUGAACCUUCAUCAAAAUAUCGGCAGUAAAAUUUUGAAUGUGGCAAUCCACAAAAUUGUCCAUUAAUACUUCACAAACCAUAUUUUCCAGAAAAAUAAUCCUCAAGAAACAUGUUGAAUUAGACAGCUUGACGGAUGCAUCUCAAUUAGUCACAUAACUCAGUUUUUAAUAAUAAUUUUAGCUCAAACCCACUACUGAAUAUGAUGAGAACCCGAAACAUGUCUGACAACCAAAACAGAAAGGAUUAAACUAUAGGCCCAUCUUCAGCCCUGCUUGGUAGGGCUAACAAUUUUAAGAUGAACGUUAAAAAAUCAGCAGUUCAGAUGAAAAAUAGUCAGAAAAGUGGGACUUUGCUGUAACAUUUUUUUUUUUUUUAAUGUUUAACAAUGACCAGCAUUGGUUCUUGAGAAUUAAUUCGACAUAUUUUUCAACUCUAUGUCCGUGCUGAGUAUCGUAGCGAAUCGUAGGCCUAAAAUUUCCCACAAUACAUUUUUGUGAAAAUUGUUCGUUAUUGUUGCUCGUUUUUGUACAAUUUGCUCACUUUUCAAUGUUCAUUAACUAUUUCCCUUAUCAAAAGUAAGAUAAGUUUUCCCUUAGAGCCACCAUAUCUGUUACAUAUAAGUUAUUUACAAAAAUCUCCCCUUUUAAAGAUUUAUCUCUCAAUUUAUUUAGUAUUUUUAUAUAUUCUUAUGAAAUAUUCAUUAUAAUUAAUAUAAGUUAAAUAAUUAAGCAAAAAGUAAUAUUAUUAAUCAAUAAAUUAAAAACAAGGUAUGAUUUUAAAUGAUGAGCAGAGAAUUUAAGCUUGUUAAAAGUGUCGAGCUUUUUUUGUUCAUUGGUGGAUGUUUAUUAGUUACUUUUAUAAAUCUUUGGGCCAAAUUAACUGUAGUCCGUCCCAAAAACCUUUCAGACGAUGUAUCAACUCUAGAAAUAGUUGAGAUUUGUUUUCAACGUCCGGUAGGAUGGAUGAGUUGACGCAAUAAUAUUUAAAAGUUCUGUUCAUCUAUAGUUUUAAUUUUUGUCUAUUUCCACACUAUAGUUAUAUGAAAAAAAAACUAUUAUAUAAAUUCAUUAUUUUUUGUGGUCCGCUUGACCAAUUAAUUGAAUACUAUUAUGUAAUUUGUUCAGAGUACAAAUUUGUUUCCUUAAACGAUAUUAUUGUGAUUUUAUGAUCUUGAUGAAUUUUUAAUAUUGUUAGGUCCCCAUUUUGUGCAUUUUGAUUUUUUCACGACUCGUGCCAAUAUUUUUAUCUCUCUUGAUGUCAUUUAAAGGUAUGACUAAGUACCAUGACUUUGAAAUGUAUAGUUAGUUUCAAAAUGUUAAAAUUAUCAUUAUAAAAAUCUGUAGAUAAUAUAUACGGAAAUAAAGGCAUAUGAUUUUGUAUCAGAAAUAGUCUUGUAUAUUUACUAUGUGAUAUAUAUUUUAUUGUUGGCUCUAUAAGUGUAUUUAUAAUUUAUAUAAAUAGAUGAAAAGAUGUGUUUAAUAUCUCCUUAUCUUGUUAUCAAAUGGAUCGUCCGUUUGAAAUUUUCUUAUAUAAAUGUGAUGUUACAUUCGAUACUUUUCUUUCCAACAUUGAGCAUUCCGACAGAACGAAUUCUUAAUCAAAUAGACUUUUAGAGUCAUGUCCAUUUUAUAUGAGAUUUAUAAAUAUUUUAAAAUAUACAUUUACAAAAUAAAAGUUUUUACUUUUGCUACUUA